AUGGUGUGGGAAUACUAUAACGGAAAGACAGUCUUCAUCACAGGAGGAACAGGCUUCAUUGGAACUGUUCUGCUUUAUCGACUCUUGAGUCAAUCUUCACCAGAGCGGGUAUAUGUACUUUGUCGAGGCGGGCAAAAAAAAGCGCAGGAAAAAUGGACAGACAUACUCCCAGAAGCGGCUGCAAGUGUUCUGACCCAAAACACACGGGUGACAGUCUUUGAUGGCGAAGUGGGAGAUACGGCGACGAUGAACCUAUCAGACGAGACGCUCCAGAUGCUUAAACAGACCGUGCACAUAGUCUUCCAUGCUGCGUCGUGCAUCCAACUGAACAAUUCUCUUCGCGAACUAGCAUAUAGCGUCAUGGCACCCAGUCUCUGCUUGACAAGAUAUGCUCUCAAAUUCCCCAAGCUCGAGCGCUUCGUAUUUUUCUCCACCGCAUAUGCCAAUGCGCACUUAUGGAAGGGUCAUGAGUCGACAGACGUACCUGUUGACGAGAGAAUAUAUCCACUUGGCAAUGAGGGGAAGGGCUACCAGACUGCAUCAGAAGCGUGGAGCGAAGUACAAAAGAACGGCUCGUCCGAUGAGUACGAUUCCCACGAUUUCCCUUGGCCAUACGCAUAUGCCAAGCACCUGGCUGAACGGCUUGUUCUGGAACAUGCAGCCGAGCGUGAAAAGCUGGACAAGAUCCUCAUCAUCAGACCUUCGGUGCUCGGCCCAGCCGACAAAUAUCCAUACCAUGGCUUUGCGACCGCAUACGGCGCCCCAUCAACAGCCUGUGCGGCGGCAUACAUGCUCCACCCAGGACGAAAAAUCACUCUAGCAACGCGGUGUAAGAACCCAGACCGAGAGUCCACUAUCGACGAGGUCCCGGUGGAUGUGGUUGCAGACCGGACAUUGGUUCAUGUGGCACUAGGGACGAGUGGGUGCGUCCAUGCAGUCAGUGGGAAGGAGGGUCGUUUGACAACCGAGGAAUGGUGGCAUGCAUUCAAAAAGGAGAGAUUGAUUCCCUGGAAUGCGAAGCCGACCUGGACCUCUGAUGACUGGCAUUCUCCUAAUCUCCACCAAAUUGCUCGCAAGUUCAAGAUUAUAGGCACUUCGUUUGCGUUUGCGGAGCAAAGGACCGUUGAGGUGAUGGAGAAGCUAGGGGCUUCAGAGAGGGAGGGUCUCCAUCUCUUUGCUGACCGGACUCAGCCUUACUCCUUGCAUCUGAGACGGCACCACAUUCAUCACCAGGCGGUUGAAGUCGCCAGGAAGAACAAGUGGCCCCUCUUCUCUGCUAGACUGCUUUGUCGCAAGGGAAAGCCUGUAACACAGAUGAAGAGAGCAGCAACGUUCGGGCGCACGGACCACAUCGCGGGGGAAAGAAAUUCUUGCCCGCCACUUUACAGUCAGUCAAGCAUCAUGGCCCCGACACAGUGUUUUAAUUGCAAGGAGGCGCGCGCCGUCAUCAUCAGGCCCAAGAACAGACACAAGCUUUGUCGCGCCUGCUUCAUCGAAAUCUUCGAAACCGAAGUCCACGAGACGAUCAUCGGCACAAACCUCUUCUUCCGCGGCGAACGAAUCGCGAUCGGAGCGAGUGGUGGAAAAGACAGCACAGUACUUGCCGCUGUACUGAAGACUUUGAACGAGCGAUACGACUAUGGACUAGACUUGUGUCUGCUCUCCAUCGACGAGGGUAUCCGCGGUUAUCGCGACGACAGUCUAGAGACCGUCAAGCGCAAUGCGGUACAAUAUAACAUGCCCCUGGUGAUCGUGGGAUACGGAGAACUAUACGGCUGGACUAUGGACCAAGUGGUGGAACAAGUCGGAAAGAAGGGCAACUGUACUUACUGUGGAGUGUUCCGACGACAGGCGCUCGAUCGAGGCGCCGCCCGCUUGGAGAUCAGCCACGUCGUCACGGGACAUAACGCAGACGACGUCGCGGAGACAGUCAUGAUGAAUCUGCUCCGUGGUGACCUGCCCCGUUUGUCGCGCGGUACCAGCAUCGUCACUGACUCUGGUGCGUCGGAUGUCAAGCGCAGCAAGCCUCUCAAAUACGCCUACGAGAAAGAGAUCGUUCUCUACGCCCACCACAGACAGCUCGAUUACUUCAGUACCGAGUGUAUCUACUCCCCCGAGGCAUUCCGUGGUAGUGCCCGUACUCUGAUCAAAGAUCUCGAGAAGAUCCGCCCCAGUUCGAUUCUUGACAUCGUUAAGAGUGGUGAAGACAUGGCUGCUCUGGUUCCGGCCGAGGUCCGCGGCACCACCAAGUCCAAAAAGUCUGGCGCUGCAGAAGACGAGUCGAGUGGCGGUUGUGGAAGUCAAAAUGGCCGAACCAGUGGCGGCGAGAUGGCUGCGAUGGAGGAGCAGCUUGCAGCCAACGAUCUGGCAGAGUCGAAUGAGACCGAGAUCAAGCUCCCUGCUGCUCAGCCAAAGGCUAAGAGUCAGACCACGAAGCCGCUCAAGGCCCAGACCAUCAAGCACUGCGAGCGCUGUAACUAUAUCUCCAGUCAACGGAUCUGCAAGGCGUGUCUGCUGCUGGACGGUCUCAACCGCAAUAGACCAAAGACUGCCAUCGAAGUCGGCAUAGAGGACGAGGAGGGAAGUUCGACUUUGAUGCGUCAAAUGGAGCGAGCCCAUCUCAGUGCCACUUGA